AUGCAUCAAGACCCAAGUAAGGUAACCGAGAAGGAAGACGAACAAGAGGAAGAUAAAAACGAAGAGGUCGUAGAGAAAGAAGAACCUUAUGUGCCUCCACCACCGCAUAAACCCCCUAUCCCUUAUCCUCAAAGACUUGUUAAAUCUAAAAGUGUAAGACAAUUUAAAAAAUUCGUAGAGCUUCUAAAACAAUUGAAUAUCAUAAUACCCUUCACAGAAGCCAUCAUUCAAAUGCCCUCAUAUGCUAAGUUUCUCAAAGAAAUCUUAUCUAAGAAGAAGAAGAUAGAGGAUAACGAAACCGUUACACUUACUGCUAAGUGUAGCGCCAUAAUACAAAAUAAUAUGCAUCCUAAGCUGAAAGACCCAAGUAUGCUAGAAAACGUUCCGGUGCGCAUGGGACAAUUCUAUAUUCCUAUUGAUUUUAUAAUCAUGGAUAUAAAAGAGGAUUCCAACAUCCCUAUCAUAUUAGGAAGACCAUUCCUAGCUACAGUCGGAGCUAUUAUAGAUGUUAAGAAAGAAAAGCUAACCUUUGAAGUUGGUGAGGAAAAAGUCGAAUUCAUUUUGACGCAAUUCCUAAAGGCACCAGCUAUAGACGAUACCUGUUGUCUACUAGAUGUCAUCGACGAAUUCAUAAGAGAGAUGGAGAAUGAACAAACAUCAUACUCUGAAAUACUAAAAAUUCCAAGGCCUCCUACUUUUGAAGAUGAAAAUUUAAGUAAGGAAUAA